GUGUAUAGUCGACACUGCACCGAGUUGCCUCACAAUCACUGCCUCGAAGAACUUCAACCCACGUGGUCCGGUCCAGCGCCAAUACUGAUCACCAUCACGGACCUUCAGACCAAUUGUGCGUCCACCUUGAGGCUCAAGUACCAAUCAUGGCAAGUUCAAACCGGUCUGUCGGCGUGUGGGGAUUGGUGUAAUUUACCCAUUUACAGAUAAUUAACUUGCGUUUCUCUGUGGGCAAUCUUUCGAAGGGUCCUAUUGGAAGCGGAUUAUCAAGAGAGAUUCCGAGCCAGGCUUUCUUUGUAGUGUGUUUUUCUUCUUCUCUCUUUCUCUGAUCAUCAUGAUGGUGGUGGUGAUGUAGAGAUUUAGUAGCUGUUCCCGGCAAGUAGCUGCUGACAGAAUAUGUUAUCUGCUUGUCAGCGUUAUAUGGAUUUUUAAUUCUACCAGCAGAUGUGACACGCCUCUAACACUGAAGAGCUACAGAAAGCAGGCUAUGGACAGCCAACUGUAUUGUGAGGCCCACCUGUCCGAGACGUCCACCCCUAGUCCUGACACUGACGAUAAGAAUGCUGACCUGUUUGAGAUGUUGGAGCGGCUGCAGGGCAAGCGUAUUGAUGACCAGCGCUGUGACAUGUCCGCGUUCUUCAAGGGACCUGAUUUCUUUGACACACUUUUAAAAAUCCAAAGUCGGCGCUAUGAGGACCAACGUUGUACCAUGCCCAUUCCCAAAACACCUCAGAAUUCUAUAUCUACACAAGAAACGGAAGAAAAUAACAAUAUUAAAGAGAUUCUACAAAAGCCAGGGCCAUACCCCAUGGUUGUGCUGCCAUCUUGUGGUGGCUACUGGAUAGAGGGGACAGAACUGGACGGAAUGCAAACAUCACUUGUGUCAUCAUUACAUUCUUCACAGUACGGCUUGGAUCUCGAUGAGACUGCUCACUGUUACAGAGAACAUUUUUUAGGAAAAGAACACUUCAACUACUACGCAGCAGACGACAAUGUGGGACCAGUAGUAUUAUCUCUCAAACACGAACCCGAGUCUGACGACAACAUCCGAGCAGUUCUCAGAACGCGGUUUGGCACAAAACACGAAGUAGUGCCUCCUUCCAAGUUUGAUCAACCAAAUCCAGUCAAAGUGGCCAAGUGUUUAUGUGAUGAACUGACAACCGACAGAUUUCAUCCAGUUUUGUCACUGAAGGGAUCAGAACUUAUCGUCUCUUAUGAUGAACAUGUUUUAACCAACACCUUUAAGUUUGGAAUUAUUUAUCAAACAUUUGGUCAGACGUGUGAAGAAGAUUUGUUUGGUAAUGUGGGCCACAGCCCCGCAAUGGAGGAAUUCCUCGAUCUCAUCGGUGAACGGGUACAACUCCGAGAAUUUACAGGGUUUCGUGGUGGGCUGGACACACUACAUGGACAGACUGGGUCUGAGUCUGUGUUCACACAUUUCCGAGAAAGUGAAAUAAUGUUCCAUGUGUCGACGCUACUCCCCCACACUGAGGCAGACCCUCAACAGUUACAACGGAAGCGUCACAUAGGAAACGACAUCGUGGCCAUCGUCUUUCAGGAGGAGAACACGCCGUUCAUCCCCAACAUGAUCGCCUCGCACUUCCUCCACGCCUACAUCAUCGUCCAGCCAGUCAACGCCAACACCGACCACACCAAGUACAAGGUGUGUGUGGCAGCCAGAAAGGAUGUUCCAAAGUUCAGUCCUACCCUUCCCACCCCAGCAGUAUUCAACAAGGGACCAGAAUUCCGAAACUUCCUCCUGACUAAGCUAAUCAAUGCUGAACUGGCCUGCUACAAGUCACAGCAGUUUGCUAAACUACGGGAACGGACACGGACCUCGUUAUUACAGUCCCUGUACCACGACCUGUACAAAAGGAAUGUUGAGCUGUUUGGCCUGUCGAGUUUGACUGGCAGUAAACAGGAGGGCAGUCGACUGUUUGAUUCAGUGAAGCGUGCGUUUAGUGGCAAGGUGCGCAGUCAGUCGUUUGAGUCGAAUCUUCCCAGCAGCACGAAGAAGGUCAACGGAUCACUGCCCACGGUCGGAGAGGAUGAUAAAAAUCCACCGUCACCGGUUAAAAAGUCUCCCUCCACUCCUAGAAGUCUUGUAAAGCAGUUCGCAGGGGACAAGAAAUCCAAAGACAAAUCUUCUCGACCAGAAAGUCUGGGUAGUGUAAGUGCAUCGUCGUAUACAACAAGCAGUCCACUACCUAGCCCACACUCGAGUCCCAGCAGUAUUUCAUCGACCACUAGAAUAAAUCCAAGCUGUGUUCAGUUGUCGCCCUCCAACUCUGAGAGCAGUUUCAACAGUAUAGAUGAUUUCACGCCCACACACAACCACGUUAAUGACCACGCCCACGACCAUGAUGAUUCCGACACUGGCAUGGAGAGUAUGUCUUCUGCUGGUACCCCUAGCAACCACGCCCAUGUAUCCCUGUCCAACAGUUUUAGUGAAGAUGGUGGAUGUGUUUUUACCCUUGAUGGAGAAUUUGACCCAAUUACAAGACAGGCUGAGUUUUUGAAAGCAGAAGUUGCACGGCUCAAGAAUGAAAAGAUCGAUUUGCUACGACAAAAUGUGACAAGUCAGAAGGAGAUAAAGAAGCUGAAGGACCAGGAACUGAAGCUGAUGACAGACCUCGCUCAACUGACUCGGCAGCUACACAGACGGAAACCACCCAUCAUCGAGAUCAGCCCUGAGGCUACAGUGUAGUCCAACAAAACCACCCAUCAUUAAGAUCAUCUCUAAAGCUGGUCCAACAAAAACCAUCCAUCACUGAGAUCAGCUGAAAGGCUAGUCCAGCAAAACCACCUAUCAUUGAGAUCAGCCCUGAGGCUACAGUGUAGUCCAACAAAACCACUUAUCAUUGAGAUCAUCUCUAAAGCUGGUCCAACAAAAACCAUCCAUCACUGAGAUCAGCUCAAAGGCUAGUUCAGCAAAACCACCCAUCACUGAGAUCAGUCCUGAGGCUACUGUGUAGUCCAACAAAACCACCCAUCAUUGAGAUCAGCUCUGUGGCUACAGUUUAUUCCAGCAAAACCACCCAUCAUUGACAUUGACUCUUAAGGCUACAUUGUAGUAGUCCAACAAAACCACCCAUCAUUGAGAUCAUCUCUAAAUCUGGUCCAACAAAAACCAUCCAUCACUGAGAUCAGCUCAAAGGCUAGUCCAGCAAAACCACCCAUCAAUGAGAUCAGCCCAAAGGAUAGUCCAGCAAAACCACCCAUCAAUGAGAUCAGCCCAAAGGCUAGUCCAGCAAAACCACCCAUCAUCGAGAUUAUCUCCAAGUCUAACAUCUGUUUGGUGUUUAGCUCUGGGACUGAGAGAUUGGACUUCAAAUCUGUUGAUGGGUACCUAGACCUGACACUGGACUCUACAUAUGUUGAUGCUUGGUCCUGGAACUAAGAUUGGACUAGAUGUACUGAUAGUUAGUCCUAGAACUAAAAUUGAACUUUAAAUCUGUUGAUGAAGUCCAUGGACUGAAAUUGUACUUAUUCAUGGUCGGCUCUAUGACUUUAGUGUAACUCAACUGGUGCGAAGUCUGGACUUCUUGAUAGUCGGCUCCAUAACUUCAGUAACUCAACUGGGGCUAAGACAGGGCUUGUUGAUAGUCAGCUCUAUGACUUUAGUGUAACUCAACUGUGGCUAAGACUGGACUUGUUGAUAGUCAGCUCUAUGUCUGAUAGUCAACUGGGGCUAAGACAGGGCUUGUUG